CUUUCCCCUUAUUUCUCAACCCCCCUCCUGUGAAGAAAAAAAUGGAUGGGGUGUUUAGGUUGGUGAGUGGGUGUCCAGGACCAAGUGGCUUUGGUUCAGCCUCCACCGCCCAAGAGGUUACCGAAGGGAUUGAUGGAACCAACUUGACUGCUCUAGUUACCGGAGGAGCAAGUGGAAUUGGGUUGGAAACUUCUAGAGUAUUGGCUCUUCGUGGAGUCCACGUCAUCAUCGGUGCAAGGAACAUGAAAGCCGCGAAUGAAGCAAAGAACAAAAUUGUUAGAGAGACCCCAAGAGCCCGUAUAGAUGUUCUGGAGCUGGAUCUUUGCUCUACUAAUUCAAUCAGAUCAUUUGCCGACAAUUUCAUCGCUCUUCAUCUUCCUCUCAAUAUCUUAAUAAACAAUGCUGGCAUCAUGUUUUGUCCCUUUCAGCUUUCUCAAGAUGGAAUAGAGGUGCAGUUUGCUACUAAUCAUAUAGGACAUUUCCUCUUAACAAACCUUCUACUGGACACAAUGAAGAACACAGUUAAAGCAAGUGGGAUCCAAGGAAGGGUUGUCAACUUAUCAUCAAUAGCUCACAACUACUGUUAUAAGAAAGGGAUCCGAUUUCAUAAGAUCAAUGACAAACAAGGAUACAGUGAGAAAAGAGCAUAUGGGCAGUCCAAAUUAGCAAAUAUAUUGCAUGCCAAUGAACUCUCUCGUCGGUUGCAGGAGGAGGGUGUGAACAUCACAGUUAAUUCGGUUCACCCGGGAUUGAUUAUGACGCCUCUGUUUAGACACUCCGCUGCUCUAAUGAAACUUUUGAAAUUCUUCAGUUUCUUUCUCUGGAAGAACGUUCCUCAGGGGGCAGCUACGACGUGCUACGUCGCGCUCCACCCGCGACUCAAUGGGGUGACCGGAAAAUACUUUGCGGACUGCAAUGAGAUGAGACCAAGUUCAUAUGCUAGAAAUGAGUCCUUGGCAAGGGAGCUUUGGGAAUUCAGUAACAAAUUGAUUAGCUCAGUUUCAGUACCUUAACUCAGAUCAUCACCUCUCUUUCCAAAUGAAAAAAAAAAUUGCAUUUAUGUAUUUUCACAUUAAAUGGGGUUUCCUCCAUGGCAUGGCAUGAAUGAAGGGAUGAUUUUCAGCAUGGGAAAUCUUGAAGCAUAAUAAUAAGCUUAAAGUGCCUUUUACUUUCUCGUUUUCGUGUUAAAGGCAUCAUACUAUCAUAGCAGUUGGUUUCCUAAUAUGUGUGCAUUUUCAGUGUUUUAAAGGAAUAAAAUCCUUUCUAUAUUAUUCAUAUUA